AUGCGGCUGUCCCUUGGUCAACCUCUGUCCUGGACAUUCCUGCUGCUGCUGGUGUCAAACCUACUCCUGUGGGAGAAUGCGGACUCAAUGGCUGUGUGUCCAAGCGGGGAGGGUUACUGCCAGGAGACUCUCCCAGGCAUGUUCGAAGAUGCCCUCACCGUGUCUGAUUACCUCAAGAACCAAACGGCCGAACUGUUAAAUGCAUUUAGGGAUGAUGUUAACUACGCAUCAGGCAGGUGGUACCAUGAGGAGGCCAGCGUCAUGGGCUGCCACACUACAGAAAUGGGGAUUCUGCUAACUCCAGAGGAAAUCGCACAGACAGAAGCUGUGUUGCUCCUGAAAGAGAUACUCACUGUCCUGGAAGCUUGGAAAGACCCUCUUCUUCAGGCCACGAAUAAACUGAAUAGUAUGGAAGAUACCCCAACUGCUGUCGUAUCAAUAGCUGAAGUUGUCAAGGCAAAAAUCAAUUUACUUCAGGAGGGCAUUGUGAGAAUACUCAAGAAGAUUAGUCCCGUGUCCCAGGAAACUGUGGACAUCCCGGUCUGGAAAGGACUGGCAUCCUUGAAUUCAGAUGAUGAAGACACACGCGUCUUUACUUUUUAUAAUCUGUUCCGGUGUCUGAAAAGGGAUGGGAGUAAGAUUGACUACGACCUCAAGCAUCUGAAGUGCCAGAUCGUCCAGGAUGCCGAUUGCUAA